AUGGCUGGGUUGCUGGCUACGCUCAGAUACUCCAGGCGUAUUCAUAAGCAAUGCCGCCCCGCAGAACCCACGUUCAAUACGGACCAGAUACCCGAUCUGAGCGGCAAGGUCAUGAUAGUCACAGGUGGAAACGCUGGGAUUGGGAGACAGACUGUGAAGGUUCUGCUCGAGCACAAUGCAAAAGUCUACAUGGCUUCGAGGGACGAAAAAAAGGCACGCAUCGCCAUUGAAGAGUUGAAGGAGCAAACAGGGAAAGAGGCUCUCUAUCUGGAACUCAACCUUGCAAGCCUUGCAUCCGUCAGAAAGGCCGCGAGCAAAUUAUCGAGCAAGGAACCAGAAUUGCAUGUCUUGUUCAAUAACGCCGGUGUUUCGACAAUCCCUAUCGAUUGGGUCACAGAUGAUGGAUAUGACAUGACGUUUGGGACAAAUGUCAUUGGACACUUCCUGUUGACGAAGCUGCUUCUUCCUGCCCUUCUUGCGGGCAAGGCUACAUCGUCAGACCGUUUCUCUCGAGUGAUCUGGCUGUCAUCCUACGCGUCAUAUCUGUCGACACUGAGUUAUGACACGUUCAAGGAGGGUCCUGCGCGAAGAAAAGCUGGCUACGGCAUGAUGUACUUCCAGAGCAAGUUUGCAAACGUUGUUCUAGCUCAUGAGUGCGCACGACGUUUUGGAUCACAAGGGAUCCUGUCGCUUUCGGUCAACCCUGGCAAUAUCCAGACGGACAUCAUGAAGUACGCUUCAGCGAGCGAUCACAAGUUUGUCGAACUCUUCCUUAAACUGUAUCCGGUAGAAUACGGUGUCUUGGGUCAGCUCUGGGCGGGGACGAUGCCGGAAGCAUUGAAGCACAACGGCGAGUAUGUUGCCCCAUGGGCAAGAGUCGACAUUCGUCCCAGAGAAGACGCCUAUCAGGAGAAGGUCGGUUCGAAGUUGUGGGAUUGGUUGGAUACCGAAGUAGAAGCGAAGUGA